AUGUCGGCCCGGGAUAAAACCUGUCUGCAAACCCAGGAUAGUCAACCCAGGACAGCAGUUUCCUCUAGUAUCUGGCCCACGAGACACCUCACCUUUCUGCAAUAUGAAGUGCCUGGUUCUGGGACUCUGCACACUGGCCUUGCUGGCAUCCACCAUGGCACAGAAUUCUACAAUAGGACCAACAACAGACCAACAGAAUUCUACAAUAGGACCAACAACAGACCAACAGAAUUCUACAAUAGGACCAACAACAGACCAACAGAAUUCUACAAUAGGACCAGCAACCGUCCCAACUGCCACAACCACCACCUGGCCAUCCACACCAAAUUCUACAAUAGGACCAACAACCGACCAACAGAAUUCUACAAUAGGACCAACAACCGACCAACAGAAUUCUACAAUAGGACCAACAACCGACCAACAGAAUUCUACAAUAGGACCAACAACCGACCAACAGAAUUCUACAAUAGGACCAACAACCGACCAACAGAAUUCUACAAUAGGACCAACAACCGACCAACAGAAUUCUACAAUAGGACCAACAACCGACCAACAGAAUUCUACAAUAGGACCAACAAAUGCCACCACAACCGCCACAACCGCCACAUGGUCAACCACUCUCACCACAACAGCAGGGGACAGCCAUGUCUUCAGUUACUCCCUGACUCUACUGUUUGGUUUGACAGCCAGCCUGAUAAUACAUUCACUAUGGCAUUGAGCGCUACAUAGAGGACAAGAGUCACAUUGACUGCACCUUUCUGAGAGUGUUAAAGGGUAACUUUGGGAUUCUGGCAAUGAGGCCCGUUAUCUACUUUCCCAGAGUCAGAUGAACUCAUGUAUACCAGUUUUAAGUCUCUGCGUGCGGUUUGAAUAAAGUUUCUAACUUGCGCAACUGUUAACUUCCUUUUAGCUCAAUGACUGCUAACGCUAGUUGUUAACUAGCGCAAUUGCUAAUUAGCGUUAGCGAAAUGACUGGAACUUCCUGUUAUUGUGUUAACACUAGUUAGCAUUGGCAUUAGCAUUACCGCUAACUUCGUCAUACAGGACACAGAGACAUAAAAAUGGUAUCCACAAGUUCAUCUGAUUCUGGGAAAGACGAUAAAGGGCACCAUUGCCAAAUCCUAACGUAUCCCUUUAAAAACUGAAUAAGAGCGUAGGAGAAUAAUCUUUCUCUCAAUUUGUGUGUUUUACAAUGACCUGCUGGAGGUUUGUUUGUGCUCUGUGUAUUUCAAAAUGUAGAACUGAAACACUGGUUGAUAGGGUUGCAAUGCCCAAAAUCGGUGUAUAAUAAUGUUUUAUAGUCAAUCAAGCGGUGAGUUCCUUUGCUAUGUAAACAAGUGAAUUAUUCAUGUGAUUGCCUUCGGACAAAAAUAGGUCAUUAUACAAAUGGUAAAUGAUUUAAUUUCUCAUUGUACAAAUAUUGAAAAAUGUACCCAAAUAAAAUAUUUUUUUUGUAAUGCUA